UAGAGAACGUCUUACCUUAAAUCUUGCGCGUAUAUAUAGAUAUAAUAACUUCCAAAACUAAUGGCAAUGCUUUAUCUUCUACAAACCUUUCCAUUUUACUUACACUUUAGAUCAUUUCUUUCUUCUUCCUUUUUUUCAUUUUCAUUUCUCUUCACCGCUUUCAUUUUCUCACUCAAGAGAAAACAACAAUAAACAAAAUGCCUGCAACAACGGAGAACAAUCAAAGUUCUUUUUUGGGAAGAAUAAGCAUUCGAAGAAACCAAGUUAUGUCAAUGGACGGUAAUCAUGAUCAAGAGCUAGAAGACCUUGAACUUUUCCAAAAACAUGUUGGUGAUAGAUUCACUGAUCUAUUAUCUUCCACAACAGAAGAUCCUUCCAGCGAUGCUCUUCUUUCUAUCGGUUGGUUGAGAAAGCUUCUCGAUGAACUUCUUUGUUGCGAAGCAGAAUUCAAAGCAGUUGUUAUGAUGGGUCGUGACCCUUCUCAAAUCUCCAAACCACCUCUUGACAAACUCCUCCCGGAACUCCUUGAUCGUGUCGUCAAGUCGCUUGAUGUUUGCAAUGCUGUAACUCUUGGUCUAGAUGCUAUUAGGAAUCUUCAAAGGCUUGCUGAGAUUGCUGUGGCUGCUCUUGAACCUAGACCCAUGGGUGAGGGACAAGUCCGAAGGGCCAAAAAAGCACUGAAUUCUCUUGUUACGGUAAUGGUGCAUGAAGACAAAGAAUGUGGAAGUACCAAGGGAACAGAGAGAAGCAGGUCAUUUGGAAGAAGAGGAGGAAAUGCUGGGAAUAAGGAUCGUGUCAGAUCACUGUCAUGGACAAUGGCGAGAAACUGGUCUGCUGCAAAACAAAUUCACGCCAUGUCUUCAAAUUUGGCUGCGCCGCGUGGUGCUGAUUUAACGGGUUUGGCUUUGCCACUUUACAUAAUGAGUACUGCAUUGGUUUUUGUUAUGUGGACUCUUGCUGCCGCGAUUCCUUGUCAAGAAAGGAACGGGUUAGGAACUCAUUUACCUUUUCCAAGGCAACUGGCUUGGGCCCAACCUAUGAUUGGUUUGCAAGAGAAGAUUGCUGAGGAGUGGAAGAAGAAGGAGAAGAAAGGUUCUGUUGGAUUAUUGGAAGAGAUGCAAAAGAUGGAAAAAGUAGGACAGUUGCUUAUUGAAUUUGCUGAGUCUUUUCAAUUUCCUGCUGAAAAUGAGCGUUUGGAUGAAGUAAGAGUACAUGUGGAGGAAUUGGCUGACAUUUGUAGGAAGAUGGAGGAAGGGUUGGAACCUUUGCAAUUGCAAAUUAGAGAGGUUUUUCACAGGCUUGUUAGGACCAGGACUGAGUUUCUUCAUGUUUUGGACCAAGCUGGGAAAUUGUCUACACCUACUGUGUAAACUUAAAGUACUUUUUUAAUCUUUUUUUUACUGAAACUUUACCAGUUAGAUCUUGAAAAUGAAGGUUUUCUUCUUGAUACAUAUGUAUGUAAUGGCUCUAUCUUAGCCUAAAAUGCACAUCUACAUCACUAUAGAUUUUAAUAUGUUUUAAUUGUUUCUGAAGUGAAAGAGGAUGACUCAACUACACUCACUAAACAUGUGGUGACUUGCCAAGUUGUUUAAUUUGAUAUAUGAAUUACUGAAUUUUGUAUUUU